UAAAAUACGUCGUUUAUCAAAUCCUUUCAUUUCGCUUCUCUUUUGUCGCCAAAACACACACCCUUUUGCUUGCUGCUUCGGCUGCCGCUGCUGCCGCGUCCUCAUCUUCUUCUUCUUCUUCAAGGAACUUUAAAGAGUAUUUUUACGCAUCGACAAUGUCAGGUGAAGAGGUUGCUGUUCCAGCUGAGGCACCAGCUGCAGCUCCUCUAGGGGAGGCCAUGGACAUCAUGACUGCCUUACAGGUUGUGCUUAGAAAAUCACUUGCUCAUGGGGGGCUUGCUCGAGGCCUUCAUGAAGGUGCAAAAGUUAUCGAGAAGCAUGCUGCCCAACUUUGUGUACUGGCAGAGGACUGCAACCAGCCCGAUUAUGUUAAACUGGUUAAAGGACUUUGUGCUGACCACAACGUAAGCUUGAUGACAGUCCCAAGUGCAAAGACCCUUGGCGAGUGGGCUGGUUUGUGCAAGAUUGAUUCUGAGGGAAAGGCUAGGAAGGUAGUUGGCUGCUCUUGUGUUGUUGUGAAGGAUUUUGGGGAGGUUCAUGAAGCUCUUCAUAUUGUUCAGGAGCAUGUCAAGUCUCACUGAGUAACUUAAGAAAAUUUGAUUUGAUGUGAUGUUUUAUCCAUAGAGACCUUACUUUUUGUCCAUUUGGUGGAAUCUCACUAGGAGUUUUUGUUGAGUGUUUACUAGUUUAUAACUUGAAUGGUUCUCAUUAUUUUCUUUUGAACACUUUAAUAUAUGCUCUACUUUCCCCCGUUUUGCUUAA